AUGCCUCCUUCUCCGUCAUUCUUUCUUGCUGCGGUGCACUUUGCUGCGCACGCUUUAGCAUCUCCCUCUGAUGCCGACGGGUGCGCUGCUCUGUCGAAAUCGCUCCGCAUUCCCAAUGCCCUCAUCCAUUCCGCCCACCGGUUGCAAGCCGGAGGCUCGUUUCCAGCGCAGAGCUGCGGACCCCACCAGCAAGUCGUCGAUGCGAAUCUCUGUCGAGUCUCGUUAACAGUCACCACCAGCUCGACGAGCAAGGUAAGCAUGGAGGUUUGGCUGCCGGAUAAGUGGACCGGGAGGGUCCUGGCCGUUGGCAACUCAGGCCUUGACGGGUGCAUUCACUACGACGACAUCAACUACGGCGUCUCCGCGGGCUUUGCCACCGUGGGGACCAACAACGGCCAUGAUGGCGGCGGCGCGGCCUUUUACAGAAACCCCGGGACGGUGGAAGACUACGUCUCCCGCGCCAUUCACACCGCCUCCUCUGUGGUAAAGGAAGCUAGCAGGGCCUACUACGGAAAGCGGCACACGAAGGCGUACUACCUUGGCUGCUCGACGGGCGGUCGGCAGGGCUUCAAGGAGGCGCAGUCCUUCCCCGACGACUUUGAUGGCAUUGUCGCCGGCGCUCCGGCCAUCAACUUCAACUCUCUAAUCUACUGGAGCGGGCAUUUUUCCAAUCUCCUGGGGCGGCCGGGUUCUCCAACCUUCCUGACCCCGGCAGAAUGGAAUCUCGUCUACGCAGACGUGCUUAAGCAGUGCGACCACCUGGACGGCGUGGUGGACGGCGUUUUGGAAGACCCGCAUCUCUGCCAUUACCGCCCCGAGGCCCUCCUGUGCGCGGCCGGCCGGACCAACAACUGCCUGACUGCCGCGCAGGCCGGAGCGGUUCGCGCCGUCUUUUCACCCCUCCGAAGCUCUCAGGGAGACUUGAUGUGCCCUCGCAUGCAGCCCGGGCCAAACUUUGCCAACAUCUUCGCGGCGCAACCUCUCAGUUACUCGACCGAGUGGUUCCGAUACGUCGUCUACAACGACCCGUCGUGGGCCCCGUCCCAACUGAGCCUGAAAGACUGGGUAGCUGCCGAAAGACUGAAUCCCUUCAACGUGGCGACCCGGGACGGGGACCUGUCCAAGUUCCAAAACCGGGGCGGCAAGAUUCUGCACUACCACGGGCUCGAGGAUCCCGUCAUCAGCAGCGAGAACUCGAUCUGGUAUUACGACCACGUUUCCAGGACAAUGGGCCUGCCGCCGGCCAAGCUGGAUGACUUUUACAGGUUUUUCCGCAUAUCCGGGCUGGGGCACUGCGCCGGCGGCCGUGGGGCCGGCUCCAUCGGCAACACAAAGAGCACCGUGGCUUCCCUCGACCCGCUCCGCAACGUCUUGUUUGCCAUGGUGAAAUGGGUUGAGCAAGGUGUCGCGCCGGAAGUGAUUCGCGGAACCAAGCACGCCAACGGGGACGCGUCGUCUCGGGCUGUGGCGCACCGCGAUCACUGCAAGUACCCGCUCCGAAACGUGUACAACGGCCACGCGGACGCGGGGGACGCAGCGAGCUGGAAAUGCCAAUCAAGUGCCUGA